AUGGCUCAACAGCCUAUGACGCCCUUCUUCCCCAUCUUCGCAUCCAAGUCGGACGGACAGCACAUUGUCAACCUCAAAGGCCGACCUCUACGAAAUGGCCCGACCGAGGAACAGCUCAACACGACGCCCAACGACCAGGGCCAGCGCGACUUCUACCGCCUCAUAGACAAGGAUGACCCCAAACAUCAAGAUUGGCGCAAAAAAUUGGGUGGUAUGCUUCUGCGCGAGAUCGGUGGGAAGCAGUGCGAGGACAAGUGGCAGCAGUGCAUUCUGUGGGAGCUGCCGGAAAACUACGUCCUCUACGAGCACAUCAAGACCAAGGCAGACGGACAGUUGAAAACGGUCAAGAACCAUUCGGGCGGCGGCCAUGAUAGACAAGAUGCAUACCUCUAUGGAUACCCCAAGGGUCCCAAGAAGCGCUUCAGGAGCCCUGUCGAGUUCUUCCCCCAUCUCCUGUGGCUGUGCACCGAUGAGAAUAGCGACAUGACCAACUGCACGUGCAAGAUGUGCUCGCCCGCGGGGGACGUCGAGAAGCCCCAAGUCAAGGUCGAAGUCAAGCAAGAACAGCCUAUGGCUCUCAAGCGAGAGACCAGCUCCACCGGGGCUGCACCAAACAGCACCGUCAUCGGUCGCAAUCCCAUCGUACAGAUCCCCGCGCGAAGGUCGUCGACCGGCGCGCCUGUCCCAAGUCCCAUCAUCAAGCCCUCCACGCCCGUUACCGCCCCGAAGCCUACCCCCAUACCCAGUGCUGCACAGAUUAGGGCUCCUCCAACAUUACAAUCUACACCUCUCCCCCAGCCGCGGUCGCUCGAACAGCAGGUUGACCUGUCGUACAACAAGUUUCUCUGCCGAACUGGAGAGGUCGUGUGGUUCUUCCGGCCCAAAACAUCAGCCUGGGGCCUGGGACUUGUAGUGCGAAGAUGGGCUCUCAAAGAGCAACCCAUGAGCAGAUCAUACCUGAUCCAGCCACUGUCCCACCCCUUCGAGUCGCCGCCACAAGAAGUCGUGCACACGGAUGAACAUGUCAAGCCCUGGCUUGCGUGGUCAGCACCCAGCUGCACGUUCCCUUUCCUACAACAAAACCCGCAAUUCGAAUAUGGUAAUACCGACUGGAGAGCCCUCAUAAGUGGGCAGGGGGGCGAGGGCAUCGCGUCCGUCGAUGCGUCUAUAUUAGCUGCAAAAGCCAUCGACACCACAUAUACGCUCUUCGAGUGUCUCAAGACGUCCAAGGACGACAAGGGAAAUGAAGUUCGACAGUACAACGGCAUGUACCUAGGCGCUGAGAAGAUCUGGAAAGGCGAGGCCGUCCGCCUGCGUAUAGGCGCCACUGGAACUGACCUGAUGGUUGUCACUGACAUCGUCGAGCAAGUCUUUGCCAACCCACCGCCCAAUCAGCCCAAGAGCAAAAUUAUCGCAGUCGGCGAUAUCUACAGCUACGCCACUUUGGAUGCGCCAGACCCUAACCUUCCCCCCAAGCCACCUCAGCAAAACGGCAAUAUUCCCGCGCGCAUGGUCCACGACAUGGUAUGGCGAAACCGAAUGCUCGUACCGAUUACUCGUACUGCAGCAUGGUGGAAGCUCAUCCAGCCAUCAUACAAGAUCGACAUCGAUGACAUCAAAGGUCGUUGGUACGAAACAAGUCUUGUGUUCCAAGACCCUUUUGCUAAAGCUGUGAAGAACGGCGAGGGCGGUAAUGGCAUCUGGAUGAACUCGCGCGGCGAUGCAACGGGCAAGGGUAAGGGAGCCAGCGUGUCGCAACCUGACCGCAUUGGCGCCUUUGGGGCCUCCGUGCCCAAGGGAACGCGCAUCGUCGAGGGCCUGGAUCCUCCGAGUCAACCAAUUGGUCAACAACAGCAGUCUCAUGAUGGAAUGGACAUGAAUAUGGGUGCUGGUAGUAUGACGGACCCAUUUUCCAUUGAUGAAUUCAUGAAUGUGGAUCAUCUGGGCGACGACACUGGUAUGGAGUACGGUGGUAAUAACAACUUUACCUUUUAG